AUGUCUCGCACCUGUCGUCGAUGCCUGCAGUCGUAUCUGCCCAGCGACAACACCCCGGCCUCCUGUCCGUUCCAUCCGAUGACCUUUGCCACCCGCCCGCAUCCGGCACACCACUAUGCCUUUGAAAUCGACGACGAGUACAUGAAGACGCUCGAGGGCUGGAUCUCGGCGUGUUGGGAGUGCUGCGGGAGCGAGCAGAAGGAUGCGCCCGGAUGCAAGGCCUCGAUGCAUGUCUCCUACGACGAUCCUCUGCCAAGCGACAUCCAAUAG